CCUGGAGCGUGUUCAGAGUGGGCGUGAACCUAAAAGAGAACCCCGGUCCCUCCAUCGGGACUCAGGAGAACCCUGAUCGCGACCCUCCGGAACGCGGAACAACCUGCCGGCUCUUCCCUCCUCGCGGUGCAUCAUGUCCUCCGGGUCCGAGUGCGCGUCCGGCGCAAACUACGAGGAGUGUCGGACCACGGCGGAUUGGCUGCUGUCCGUCACGCCGGUGCGCCCCACGGUGGGCAUCGUGUGCGGCUCCGGUUUGGGGGGUCUGGCCGAGAUGCUGAAGGACCCCCAGGUCUUCAAUUACAGCGACAUCCCCAACUUCCCCCGGAGCACAGUGCAUGGUCAUGCAGGCCAGCUGGUGUUUGGAACGCUCAAAGGGAAGCCGUGUGUGUGCAUGCAGGGCCGGUUCCACCUGUACGAGGGCUACCCCGUCCAGAAGGUCACAAUGCCCGUGCGCGUCUUCAAGCUGAUGGGCGUGGAGACGAUCAUCCUGACCAACGCAGCCGGGGGGCUGAACCAGGACUACAAAGUGGGCGACGUCAUGAUCCUGAAGGACCACAUCAACAUGCCGGGGUUUGCCGGGACCAACCCGCUGAGUGGGCCCAACGACGACCGGUUUGGCGUCCGCUUCACCUGCAUGUCCGACGCCUACGACCGCGCGCUGCGCCAGCUGGCCCGUGACGUGGCGUCGGAGUUGGGCUACGGCGACUUCCUGCAGGAGGGCGUGUACUGCGUCCUGGGAGGCCCCUCCUUCGAGACCAUCGCCGAGUGUCGCAUGUUGCACCAGCUGGGCGCCGACGCCGUCGGGAUGAGCACCGUCCACGAGGUGCUGGUCGCCCGCCACGCCGGCAUGCGCUGCUUCGCCCUGUCGCUCAUCACCAACCGGUCGGUGAUGGACUACGACAGCCAGGAGAAGGCCAACCACGAGGAGGUGCUGGAGACGGGCCGGCUGCGGGCGGAGCAGCUGCAGAAGCUGGUGUCCACCAUGGUGGCCCGGCUGGAGCACAACAACAACAACAACUCCUUCUGAAGGCGGCGCCGACAGGUCGCCAGGUCAGCCGUCCUCAGGGUCACGGUUUUAUUUUAAAAAAGCUUGAAAGAAGGCGACAAACUACUCGUUUCCUAACGACUGUUACUUUAACUUGAGUCUUAAAAUACUACAAACUGGUCCACUUGUUAUUAUUUUUUAUUGUUUACACACUCCUCUGCCAGCGAUGUUGACAUUUUGAGGCGUACAGCCGGAUGACGAGUUCUAGCCCGUGCGAUAUUAUACUGUAUUCAGCCGCCCGUUUCAGUGAAACGGCAUCGUAUUGUAAUAAAGAAAAAAAGAAACUUAAUAAUAACUUAAUGAAAUAUACAUAUUUAUUGGUUCAGUUCUUUUUACAUGUGUCACAUUAUUUAUGAGAGGAGGGAAUGAGCGUUUCAUUUUGCGUAAAAGAGGUUUAAAAUGUUCUAAAAAUAUUUAUGCUAAUUGUAUUUAAGUGCUCUCGUUUGAGAUUUUGGGGAUGACCAGUUUGAGAAAAGGCAAUAUAACCAGAUGUCUGGGAUUUUAGAGGUUGGUUAAAAAAUGUACAAAAUGUGGAUCUACUUUUACAAUAAAAAGUACUCAACUUUAA